AUGGCAGUUUCGAGAGCGCUCGUCCUCGGCGUCCUGCUGGCGAUCGCCGUCGCCAAUGCCGAGGCAGCGUCCGUCGUGGUCGGCCAGGUCAAGUGCGCCGACUGCACCAAGAAGAACUUGAAGGCCGAGGAAGCCUUCAAGGAUCUUCAGGUGGCGAUCAAGUGCAAGAACGUCCACCGCGACUACGAGAGCAAGGCGGUGGGUGCCCUGGACCGCACCGGCGCCUUCAACGUGCCCCUGGCCGCCGACCUCCAUGGCGCCGACUGCGUCGCGCAGCUCCACAGCGCUGCUUCCAACGCGCCGUGCUCCGGCCAGGAGCCAUCCAAGAUCGUGCCGGUGUCCGAGGGCACCACCUUCGGCGUCAUGGCCGGCGCCAACACUGCCACGCCGUCCGCGGCGUCGCCUGAGUGCGCGUCCAUGACCCUGUGCGGGCCGAUCAAGAAGCACAUCAUCGAGCACUUCCACCACAAGAAGCCCGUGCUGCCCAAGCCGGAGCCCAAGCCCCAGCCCCACCCGGACUACGGCCCCGUGCCCAAACCCGAGCCCAAGCCGCAGCCCCAGCCGGACUACCACUCCGUCCCUCCCACACCCACCUAUGGCGGCGGCGGCGGCGGUGGAUACCACGGCCACCACUGAGUCUGGUCUGCCACUGUCCGGCUAAGCACCAAAAUCUCAUCACCGGUUACAUGAUCAGUGUCAGUGAGUGAUCGACG